AUGGGAACAGUCACAUCUAAUGAUGAACAAAAUCAACCAACUAAUGAAUCGAAAAUUAAACAUCAACGUUGUAGAAGAACAUUCACGUAUUAUCAAAUAGUUGAAUUAGAAAAAGCAUUUUCUUAUUGCAAGUGUCCCACAAAGCGUGAACAUUGUGAACUUGCUCGUAGAUCUGGUUUAAAUGAACGACAAGUUAGAAUUUGGUUUCUCAAUCGGUAUUCGAAUGAAAUGGGUGAAGGAAAACACAAUAGGCUCUCGUUAUUACCCGGCGGUUGCUGCAUGAUGGUUGUUAUUAACAAAUGUUCAAAUACAAUUAAUUAA